AUGCCUAUCCCAAGGUCUGAAUACCUCAGUACGGUAUGGAAGGACGACAUCUUCGCUGGCCGGGUGGCUUUCGUCACUGGCGGCGCGGGCACGAUAUGCAGCGCCCAAACUCGAGCUCUCGUAUACCUGGGUGCGAAUGCUUGCAUCCUAGGCCGUAACGUAGAGAAGACAGAAGCGGCAGCGAAGGAUAUUGCCACGGCCCGACCAGGCGCGAAAGUGCUUGGAAUUGGCGGGUGCGACGUCCGGGAUCCCGAAAGCCUUAAAACGGCCGCUGAAAGAUGCGCGAAGGAGCUUGGAGCAAUCGACUUCGUCAUAGCCGGUGCUGCCGGAAACUUCGUUGCUCCCAUGUCCGGGCUUAGUGCCAAUGGCUUCAAGACAGUCAUGGAUAUCGACGUGCUGGGAACGUUCAACACGAUAAAAGCGACGAUGCCCUAUCUUAUCGAGUCGGCAAAACGUAACAAGAAUCCGAGCGACGACGGUCUGACGGGCGGGAGGAUCAUAUACGUUUCCGCAUCCUUCCAUUACACGGGGACGCCGCUCCAGUCUCAUGUGUCCGCCGCGAAAGCCGCCAUCGACUCUUUGAUGGCCUCUGUCAGCCUUGAAUACGGCCCCUACGGCGUCACUUCUAACGUCAUCACACCCGGUGGCAUUGCGAAUACCGAAGGCAUGGCGCGGCUGUCGAGCAGCAAGAUGACGCAGAAGCAGAUCGCGGCGGGCGUGCCGAUAGGUCGGUACGGUACGAUCCGCGAUAUUGCCGAUGCCACGGUGUAUCUCUUCAGCGAUGCUGGGAACUACGUUAAUGGCGAGGUCCUCGUCGUGGAUGGUGCUGCGUGGCGGCUGCACAACGGGGCUGGAGUCGGAUUGGAUGCGGACAUGAAAUACCCAGAUUUCAUACUCCGAGGCGAGUUCUCGAAGCAUGUGAAAACUGGGAGGAUGGAGAAAGCUAAGCUAUGA